AUGGAGCGUUCGCAGAGUCGCCUCAGCCUGUCCGCCUCCUUCGAGGCCCUGGCCAUUUACUUCCCUUGCAUGAACAGCUUCGACGAGGAAGACGCGGAAGGAGAUGGCCGGAAACUCAAAGGUGCUAUCCAGCGCAGCACGGAAACGGGUCUGGCUGUUGAAAUGCCAAGCCGGACAAUCCGACAAGCCAGCCAUGAAUCUAUUGAAGAAAGCAUGAACAGCUAUGGAUCUGAAGGAAAUUUGAAUUUCAAUGGCGUUCACCUGGCAUCUGCUGGACAAUUCAGUGAUUUCCUGGGGAGCAUGGGACCAGCCCAGUUCGUGGGUCGCCAGACUCUGGCCACUACCUCCAUGGGGGAUGUGGAGAUUGGGUUACAGGAACGAAAUGGGCAACUAGAAGUGGAUAUCAUUCAAGCCCGAGGACUUACCCCAAAGCCUGGCUCCAAAACCCUUCCAGCUGCUUACAUCAAGGCCUACCUGCUAGAAAAUGGGGUUUGUAUUGCAAAGAAGAAGACCAAAGUGGCUCGCAAAUCCUUGGACCCCCUGUACAACCAAGUAUUACUUUUCCCAGAAAGCCCUCAAGGCAAAGUCCUGCAGGUGAUUGUCUGGGGGAACUACGGACGCAUGGAACGCAAACACUUCAUGGGAGUCGCCCGGGUUCUGCUGGAAGAAUUGGAUUUGUCAACUUUGGCAGUUGGUUGGUAUAAGCUAUUCCCAACCUCCUCCAUGGUAGAUCCUGCAACCACUCCACUCCUACGCCAAUCCUCACAGCUUUCCUUGGAGAGCACAGUUGGACCUUGCUGUGACAGGUCUUAA